ACAGUGCGGGAGCGGGUGGGUGCCCAGGGCAGCCGUGGGCGCGCGGGUUGGGAGGCGCCAGGCGGCCCGCCCUCCUUGCACGGGCCGGCCCAGCUUCCCCGCCCCUGGCGUCCGCUCCCUCCCGCUCGUCGCUUACUUAACCUGGCCCGGGCGGCGGAGGCGCUCUCACUUCCCUGGAGCCGCCCACUCGCCCGUCGGUCGCUAGCUCGCUCGGUGCGCGUCGUCCCGCUCCAUGGCGCUCUUCGUGCGGCUGCUGGCCCUCGCCCUGGCUCUGGCCCUGGGCCCCGCCGCGACCCUGGCGGGUCCCGCCAAGUCGCCCUACCAGCUGGUGCUGCAGCACAGCAGGCUCCGGGGCCGCCAGCACGGCCCCAACGUGUGUGCUGUGCAGAAGGUUAUUGGCACUAAUAGGAAGUACUUCACCAACUGCAAGCAGUGGUACCAAAGGAAAAUCUGUGGCAAAUCAACAGUCAUCAGCUACGAGUGCUGCCCUGGAUAUGAAAAGGUCCCUGGGGAGAAGGGCUGUCCAGCAGCCCUACCACUCUCAAACCUUUACGAGACCCUGGGAGUCGUUGGAUCCACCACCACUCAGCUGUACACGGACCGCACGGAGAAGCUGAGGCCUGAGAUGGAGGGGCCCGGCAGCUUCACCAUCUUCGCCCCUAGCAACGAGGCCUGGGCCUCCUUGCCAGCUGAAGUGCUGGACUCCCUGGUCAGCAAUGUCAACAUUGAGCUGCUCAAUGCCCUCCGCUACCAUAUGGUGGGCAGGCGAGUCCUGACUGAUGAGCUGAAACAUGGCAUGACCCUCACCUCUAUGUACCAGAAUUCCAACAUCCAGAUCCACCACUAUCCUAAUGGGAUUGUAACUGUGAACUGUGCCCGGCUGCUGAAAGCCGACCACCAUGCAACCAACGGGGUGGUGCACCUCAUCGAUAAGGUCAUCUCCACCAUCACCAACAACAUCCAGCAGAUCAUCGAGAUCGAGGACACCUUUGAGACCCUUCGGGCUGCUGUGGCUGCAUCAGGGCUCAACACGAUGCUUGAAGGUAACGGCCAGUACACGCUCUUGGCCCCGACCAAUGAGGCCUUCGAGAAGAUCCCUAGUGAGACUUUGAACCGUAUCCUGGGCGACCCAGAAGCCCUGAGAGACCUGCUGAACAACCACAUCUUGAAGUCAGCUAUGUGUGCCGAAGCCAUCGUUGCGGGGCUGUCUGUGGAGACCCUGGAGGGCACGACACUGGAGGUGGGCUGCAGCGGGGACAUGCUCACUAUCAACGGGAAGGCGAUCAUCUCCAAUAAAGACAUCCUAGCCACCAACGGGGUGAUCCACUACAUUGAUGAGCUACUCAUCCCAGACUCAGCCAAGACGCUAUUUGAAUUGGCUGCAGAGUCUGAUGUGUCCACAGCCAUUGACCUUUUCAGACGAGCCGGCCUCGGCAAUCAUCUCUCUGGAAGUGAGCGGUUGACCCUCCUGGCUCCCCUGAAUUCUGUAUUCAGAGAUGGAACCCCUCCAAUUGAUGCCCACACAAGGAAUUUGCUUCGGAACCACAUAAUUAAAGACCAGCUGGCCUCUAAGUAUCUAUACCAUGGACAGACCCUGGAAACUCUGGGCGGCAAAAAACUGAGAGUUUUUGUUUAUCGUAAUAGCCUGUGCAUUGAGAACAGCUGCAUCGCGGCCCACGACAAGAGGGGGAGGUACGGGACCCUGUUCACGAUGGACCGGGUGCUGACCCCCCCAAUGGGGACUGUCAUGGAUGUCCUGAAGGGAGACAAUCGCUUUAGCAUGCUGGUAGCUGCCAUCCAGUCUGCAGGACUGACGGAGACCCUCAACCGGGAAGGAGUCUACACAGUCUUCGCUCCCACAAAUGAAGCCUUCCGAGCCCUGCCACCAAGAGAACGGAGCAGACUCUUGGGAGAUGCCAAGGAACUUGCCAACAUCCUGAAAUACCACAUUGGUGAUGAAAUCCUGGUUAGUGGAGGCAUUGGGGCCCUGGUGCGGCUAAAGUCUCUCCAAGGUGACAAGCUGGAAGUCAGCUUGAAAAACAAUGUGGUGAGUGUCAACAAGGAGCCUGUUGCCGAGCCUGACAUCAUGGCCACAAAUGGCGUGGUCCAUGUCAUCACCAAUGUUCUGCAGCCUCCAGCCAACAGACCUCAGGAAAGAGGGGAUGAACUUGCAGACUCUGCGCUUGAAAUCUUCAAACAAGCAUCAGCGUUUUCCAGGGCUUCCCAGAGGUCUGUGCGACUAGCCCCUGUCUAUCAGAAGUUAUUAGAGAGGAUGAAGCAUUAGCAUGAAGGACUACAGGAGGGAUGCACCACGGCAGCUCCCCGCCAAUUUCUCUCAGAUUUCCACAGAGACUGUUUGAAUGUUUUGAAAACCAAGUAUCACACUUCAAUGUACAUGGGCCACACCAUAAUGAGAUGUGAGCCUUGUACAGGUGGGGGAGGAGGGAGAGAGAUGUACUUUUUAAAUCGUGUUCCCCCUAAACAUGGCUGUUAACCCACUGCAUGCAGAAACUUGGAUGUCACUGCCUGACAUUCGCUUCCAGGGAGGACCUAUCCCAAAUGUGGAAUUGACUGCCUAUGCCAAGUCCCUGGAAAAGGAGCUUCAGUAUUGUGGGGCUCAUAAAACAUGAAUCAAGCAAUCCAGCCUCAUGGGAAGUCCUGGCACAAUUUUUGUAAAGCCCUUGCACAGCUGGAGAAAUGGCAUCAUUAUAAGCUAUGAGUUGAACUGUUCUGUCAAAUGUGUCUCGCAUCUACACAUGGCUUGGAGGCUUUUAUGGGGCCCUGUCCAGGUAGAAAAGAAAUGGUAUGUAGAGCAUGUAGAGCUCAGAUUUCCCUAUUGUGACGAGCCAUGGUGUGUUUGUAAUAAUAAAACCAAAGAAACGUA